UGAAGAUGCAGCUAAAGGUAUGAGGACUACAGCUCGGCUAACGAUAGCAAUGCGGGGAAAAAACAAAAUUCUUAAAUUUUUGUCCUAAAAAACAUUCAAAGGUUACACGAAAAGCUGUGUACGGACUUUGUUGGACCUCUAGCUGAUCCUUUUCCGCGACAUUCCGGCCCGGAGGCUCACCGACAGGGAAAUACCGCCGCUAAUACGGACAAGGGGGAGCGGCCUGCUUUUGAAGCCGGCUUUGCGGUGCACCUGGAGCGGCGAGUGGCGUGAAUCUAGGCCGAGGCUUCGGCUUUCUUCGUUCUCAUGUUUCUGUUGGAAAUCUGGACUCUGGGAGUUAUUACAGAUUAAUUCAGGGCAGUCUGGCUUUCAGACGUCGAACCCCCGAAGGAUGCGCAGCUGCUGGCGGUUUUUAUAGACGCGGUUUUGUUGAAAAAGGACCGUUUCAACGCGAAGCGGCCUGUUUUGUUUUCGAGCCGCCGUCAACCUGAACGGACAAUAACAACAAGCGCACGGUCCCUGCUGGGGCAGAAGCCAGUCCACCCCGGCCCGAGAUCCCCCAUGCGGCGCCGGGGCGGCGAGCAGGGAUGCGAACUGUGAACGUGUCUCUGGGGCCCCACUUCAAACCAAAGCCCCUCAAUGUGGGGGGCCGUAAACGGAGAAAGGACCUGUGAAAGCGGAGGAGUUGCUGCUCCUGGAUCUCUGUGGGUUUUAGUUUGGAAACAGCCCGAAUCCAUGUGGGUGAAUUUCUGCGUGUGAACGCUUCGAACCCGGGACAGCUGCUCGGACAUGGACUGGAUGUGACCGGGGAUGAGACCCCUGCAUUGCUGUGAGCUCAGACGGCUGUCCAGGUGGGAUUCACCGGCGGGGAACUGAGGUCAUCUAUGCUCUCCUCAGAGCCUCCGGACCUCCUUUUGAGAAACUGUGGUUCUGCCCCGCUGGACCGGACCGGUCGGUCCAGUUAGGAGUCUGAGCGUUUGAACACAUCCGAGCGGAGCAGAGAUGAACCCCGUGAACGCAACCUCUCUGUACUUAUCCGCCAGCCGCUCGGUGCUGCGGUGCGACCCCCGGGACCCCCGGGCCAUGGCCGAGCUCUGCAAGCUGCUGCCGUUUUUCCGCCAGUCUCUGUCCUGCCUCGUGUGCGGUAACCUGCUGCAGGACCCCAUCGCUCCCACCAACUCGUCGUGUCAGCAUUACGUCUGUCGCGGCUGUAAGGGUCAGAGGAUGCAGCUGAAGCCGUCCUGCAGUUGGUGUAAGGACUACACCUGCUUCGAGGAGAACAGACAGCUCUCUUUGCUCGUCCAGUGUUACAGGAAGCUCUGUCUCUACAUAAUUCACUCGCCGCUUGCUCCCCACGUAGCGGGCGCCGCCAGUGACUCUCCAGACCUUCAGGCUAUCCUCACUGAGGGCCUGACUCUGGCUGAGAGCGAGCCGCAGUCAGAGGACGCCGUGGACUUGGUCGCGCAGACACAGUCCGCCUCCACCUCAGAGGCGGCCAGUUGUGAGGAGACUUCGCCCACUAGGGAGGUGAAUGGCGGGGAAAGAAGUCCUGUGAGCGUAAACCGACUCACGGGGUGCAAUGGCCUUUCAGGUAAAGACUCGCUGCAGUCCGUUACCAUGGAAACUCCUGGAGGUGUGGCAAAGCAGGAGAGCUUUUCAGAAGAGAUACCUGUGUGUGUAACCAUGACAGGGAGCGGGGAGGCUGGGCUUUGUGACAUCUCUUCUUUCAGUGAAGACCUAAAACCCACUGGGGGGCCGCUGUUGUUGAGUGUUGAGGAGGUUCUAAGGACUCUGGAAACAGACACUGAGCCGGAUGCGACCCCUGAGCACCCAGAGAAUCCCGUUUCUGGACCUCAGUGCAGCCUCAACAGCCCUCUCUGCUCUCCUAGCUCUAACCUCUCCUGCUUGGUACCUUCCCCGCCCCCUGAAAAAAUUCUUCGUCCCUUCCGGCCCCACCCUCAGUCUUUUGUGCCUCCCCCCCAGCCCGUCAAAGUUUCCCAACGCACGCCACUCCGGUCUCACAGGAAGCGUUCUCGCUCUGAAAGCGACAGCGAGAAGGUGCAGCCCCUCCCCAUUUCCAGCCUUUUAAGAGGCAUCCCCAUUGAUGCCAUCAGUUCCCCUCAUCACCUGAACCCCGGAUCCACCUCCAAACACGAGUCCAAGUUCCCCUCUACAGCGCCCCACCCCCGCUUGCUGGCGGUGCCUAAUGGGAUCCCCGCCAAGGUGGGCAAGACGGCCUUGGUGUCCAACAAACCACUGAAAAAGACUUUGGAGCACCACGGGGUCAACAAGAAGGCCUACACCAAAGCCAGGCAAGGAGCCCCCAAGCCCCGCUCUCAGCCCCGGGAUAGAUUCCCCCCCCAUUCCCACCCCCUGACCCACCCGCCCAGCCCCUCAAAGCCGCUAUACAAGAAGCCGGUGGAAAAAAAAGGCUGCAAGUGUGGCCGCGCCACGCAGAACCCGUCGGUGUUGACCUGCAGGGGGCAGCGCUGCCCCUGCUACUCCAACCGCAAGGCAUGUCUGGACUGCAUUUGCCGCGGCUGCCAGAACUCCUACAUGGCCAACGGGGAGAAGAAGCUGGAGGCCUUCGCCGUGCCGGAGAAGGCCCUGGAACAAACCCGGCUCACGCUGGGCAUCAACCUGACCAGCAUCACCGCCGCCGCGCUCCGCAGCCCCACCACCAGCUCUCCGGGCAGUACCCUCCUCAAUGUUACCACGGCCACGGGGGCGCCUGUCUCCGCCGCCUUCCUGUCGGGGGCGGGGCAUGACAACCGGGUCUUUGAAGACUCGCUGGAGAUGCGGUUUGACUGCUGAGAUUUCGCCCGCGUGGUCACGCACAUUCCCUCCCCCGCGUUCCCCGCGGGAACCUCCAUGGGCGGAGCCAGAAACAGGCAGCUAUAGUGAAGGGCGGGGCGGAGCCAUCGUCCACUCCCCCAUAACUGCGCCAUGCGUAUGAUGGAGAAGGUCGUAGCAUGACUGUAAUGUCAGUGCGGGUCGGUUCUGGGUCGCGUGUAGAGCAUGUGGUGUAGCUAAACCCGGCGAGUCGACCUCGGUCACGCCAGCGUGUGCGUGUGACAUCAUCAGAGACCGGUGUAAUUUAUACAGAAGACGUUUUUGUACGUGGACACUUUCCAUUUUAUGAUGUAUUUUUUAAGUUGCGUUAACGGAAGGCAUGGGAGCGAACCCGCUUUCAGCCAGAACCGCAUGGCAGAAGGGCGGACGCUAGCCCCGCCCCUCACCACCUCAAACUGACCCGAGCAGGAAAGAUUGAAGAACCACAAUGUGAAAUCACAGCCAGCCAAGGUUUGAGUAUUUAUUCUUGUUGAAUGUAUAUUCUAUGUGAGCCAUUUGCCCAGACUGACCAAACCUGAUGCUACCCUGUUCUACACUGAAGAGAAGCUGUAUAUAAACCAGGUGAAGGUGUGAGUUUUCGGGUCACGUCUGAGGCUGCAGGAAAUCCAAACGCUCAGCUGUGUACAUGGAGCGCAUGGCGCAGACCCACCAGUUCUCCUGUGUUUGUGUCAGACUCUGGUGGACGGCUGCGUGCUCCACUGACAUCUGUUCCUGGAAGCUACUCACAUGCUGCUAAACACUACAAAGUACUCCAAGAAAGACGGCACCCUAGUUCUCCUCGUUUGUUUCGGUUCUCUCUUCUUUUAGCAUUUGGUAGUAUUUAUUGGACCCCCCCCCCCCCCCCCCCCCCCCCCAAUAUAAUCCAGUGUACUGCGGCUCCGAUUUCAGUCCCACCUUCCUGUUGAGUCUGACGAUCCGACCCGGGUCUGUUUCUGCCUGAGAUCUGUCACUGUCUAAUUCCUGGUGUUUGUUUCUAGUCUCCAAACUGUUGUUUGUUCUCCCUCUGGGCAUUUAAAUACCUGUAAAAUAACUGUAUGAUAUUUCCACAAAAAAGAAAAUCCGAAA